CUGUCUCUGGGAGUGAAAGUGAAACUUUUGGGGGACACUGUUGUGUCUGUGUCUGCAGCUGCUGCCCAUGGAGUCCCCGGGAGCAGCGCUCUCUCCCCCGGCCCCAGCCCCGGCCCCGGGCCGGCCCCUGCCCCAGCGCCUGCUCCUGUCCGCCCUGCCCCCUCUCCUGCAGCUGGGGCUCUCGCUGCUGGCGGGGCCGGGGCCGGGGCCGGCCCUCUCGGCCCUGGCUCUCUGCCUGGCCCUGAGCCGGAGCCUGGGCGGCCUGCACCGCCCGCUGCUGCUGUACACCGCCUGCUGCGGCCUCUCCCCGGCUCUGUACCGCCUCCUGCUGCCGGCCCGGGCCCGGGCCCUGGGGCUGGGCCUGGGCCUGGCGCCCCGCUCCCUGGCCGCCCUCCUCCUCCCUCACGCCGCCUCGGGCCUGGCCCUCGCCCUCCUGGAGGCGGCGGCGGCGGCGGCGCUGCUCCGGGCCCGGGCCCGCGGCUCCCUCCCGGGGACACAGCGCAGUAUCAGGCGCCGCCUCCUCGCCCUGUCCCGGCCCGACCUGGUCCCCCUGAGCGGGGCGUUCACCUUCCUCACCCUGGCCGUGAUCGGUGAGAUGUUUGUUCCCUAUUACACGGGGAAGGUGAUUGAUUUACUGAGUUCCCGUUAUGACCAUCAAGCGUUCCUCAUGGCCAUAUUCUACAUGUUUCUCAGCUCCCUGGGAAGCUCCAUUUCAGCCGGUCUCCGGGGAGGCCUCUUCAUGUUCACAAUGUGCCGACUGAACAAACGGGUGCGAGAACAGCUUUUCUCAUCCCUGGUACAGCAGGAAAUCGGCUUCUUUGAAAUAACUCGGUCUGGUCAUAUUGCCUCUCGCCUCUCCACUGACACCAUGCUCAUGAGUCGCUCUGUUGGAUUAAAUGUGAAUGUCUUCCUGCGAAGCUUGGUGAAGACAGUCGGAGUCCUCUUCUUCAUGGUCUCCCUCUCAUGGCAGCUCACCUUGCUGAUAUUUAUAGAGUCUCCUCUCACCAUAGUCCUUCAGAAGCUGUAUAAUAAGUAUCACAUGAAACUAGUCCAGGAGGUGCAGGAUUCCAUCGCCAAGUCAAACCAAGUGGCCGGAGAGGUUGUUUCUGGGAUCAGGACAGUCCGGAGUUUUGCCACCGAGAACGAGGAAUCCGAAUUGUUUGAGGAGAAGCUCCAGGCAACAAACCAACUGAAGAAUAGACGGGAUUUUGUCAGAGCGGUGUACCUUGUGUGCCUCAGGCACAUACAACUCGUGAUGCAAUUGAUCAUGUUGUACGCUGGACAGCACCUGAUCCGGAACGGGCAGAUGAGCAGUGGGAAUGUUGUCUCUUUCAUCCUCUAUCAAAUGAAUUUUGGAGUUUACAUAAAGACCCUGGUUCACAUCUACUCUGAGAUGACCCACUCAGUGGGAGCAGCUGAGAAAGUGUUUGAGUAUAUGGAUCGGAAGUCCAGUGUUCCCACAGAUGGGAAGCUGGUAAAGGAGACUCUGAAAGGACAUGUAGAAUUCCAGAAUGUGUCCUUCUCUUACCCAACGAGACCCGACGUUCAGGCCUUAAAGAUCUCAAAACAAGAUGUAUCAAAAGAAAAGUUCAAGCUACUUUUAAAGUCUCAGUUCCGUAAUAACAAAAACCUGAAUGAAAUGGAGUAA